CAUUCGUCUCCAUUGGCUCGAUCCCCUGUCGUCCUAAUUUUCUCUAGAGAGAAAAAAAGAAAAAAGAAAAAGAGUGACAGGGAUAGAAGAAAAACAGAGAAAUGGGAAGAGCUCCUUGUUGUUCUAAGGUUGGACUCCAUAGAGGUCCAUGGACCCCUAGAGAAGACACAUUACUUACCAAAUAUAUCCAAUCUCAUGGCGAAGGUCACUGGAGAUCUAUGCCUAAAAAAGCUGGCCUGCUUAGGUGUGGAAAGAGCUGCAGACUAAGAUGGAUGAACUACCUAAGACCAAACAUAAAGAGAGGGAACAUAAGCCCUGAUGAGGACGACCUUAUUAUCCGACUACAUUCGCUUCUGGGAAACCGAUGGUCUCUCAUUGCCGGCAGGCUUCCUGGUCGAACUGAUAACGAGAUAAAGAAUUAUUGGAACACCCAUCUCAGCAAAAAACUCAGAAGCCAAGGAACCAACCCGAAUACCCACAAAAAGUUGUCGGAGGACCCGGCCCAAGGAUUAAAGAGAAAAAACAACAACAAAAGCAACGGCAGGAAGCAGAAGAGCAAGAGUACUACUACUACAGCAAAUCCAGAUCAUCAUCGUCGUCGUCAUCAUCAGCCAGAGAAGCCAAAGGUUCAUCUCCCCAAGCCCACAAGGGUUACUUCUUUUUCGAUGCGAAGAAACGAAAGUUUUGAACAUUGCAACACGUCAAAUGUGGAAAAUAAUAUUAUUAAUCCUUGGUGCGAGUUCAAAGAUGGUGAAAAUGGGGCAGCUGGGUUUCUCGUUGGUGGCGGUGGUGGUGAUGAUCAUCAAGAUCAUGAUCAUGGUAUUGUCAACGGCUCAGAUUUCGAUUGCCAGUCUGAUCAUAUUAUACCGACAGGGGAUAACACGCUGGAGAAGCUGUAUGAGGAAUAUCUAGAACUACUCAAGACAGAAGAAAGCCAAGUUGAACUCGACGCCUUUGCUGAAUCGUUAUUGAUCUGAAAGGGAUGGAGUGAAAGAAACGUACGCACAUGUGAAAGGGGGUUUUAGAAUGAUAUUGAAUUGAAAAAGAAAGUUUGAAUCUUAGUUUCACGUGCUUACCUUCUGAGUUCUGGCCAACUUAAUUAGGUUAGAAACAGUGCUUUCACGUCUAGCUAUAAUGCGUCAUAAUAAUACAAUCGUGAUAAUGACGUGUAGGUCCUGCCGCUUAAUUGUCACAUUUUGUUCUGUUUUUUUCCCCUUCUGUUUUCUGCUAGGUAUGUAGGGUACUUGUUAUAUGUCACAUGUACGUAUAGGCCAAGUGUAAGUAUGUAAUUAGGGUGGUCCCUAAAGCCAAAAUGAUUUAAUCUAUA